GCAUAAGUGCUUGCUUCGUUCAAUUCUCAUCUGCGAUUAAAUAAUUUAGAGAAAGCCGAAGAAGCCUGUCUCUACCUGCUGGUUGUAUUGGAUCUGGCCAUAUGGACCACUUCUCCAAGUUGCCGCUUGAUUGCAUCUCUGAAAUUAUUUCCCUGACGUCGCCGCCUGACGCCGCCGCGUUCUGUCUCAUCUCCAAACGCUUCAAAUCGGCAUCGGAGUCGAAUGCCCUCUGGAAGAAGUUCUUGCCGCCGGACAUUGAUGACCUCAUCUCGAAAUCGCCAUCCACUACCAUACCCUGGAAGAAGAAGAAGGAUCUUUAUCUUUCCCUAUCUCACUCUCCCAUUCUCCUCGACCGUUGCAAUUUGAGUUUUUUCCUUGAGAGAAGUACAGGCAAGAAAUGCUUUAUGGUUCAAGCGGCAGCACUUAAGUUCAUUGGGAGUGACUCCUACCACCUGCCGGUGACACAAUACAUACUCCGAGAGAAAACAAGGUUUGUUAAGCUAGUCAUGCUAGGUACAAUGUACGGCACGUUUGAUAUUGUCGGGAAAAUCGACAGUCAAAUGAUAUCUGAGGAAACACAUUACUCCUCGUAUUUGGUGUUCAAAGUCACUUCACAGCAUUGCCCGGAGACCUCCACCCUUAGCCAAGUGAGAGGAGUGUGUAGAUAUGCCGACAAGGAGAGCGUAACUGUGGCGAUAAAUAGAGCUUCACGUUGUCUUUUCCACAGAGACGAUAAUUCUCUUUUCUACGGUGUCUGCUUUCCUAAAGUGCGUGUUCCUACUGCUAGAGGGGACGGGUGGUUUGAAGUUGAAAUUGGGACGUUUUUCAGUGGUGGGGGGAACCAUGGCGACGUUGAAUCUCAUGUGUUUGACAUUAGCCUUUCACCGGGAGAGACCCUUAUGGUGGAAGGGAUUGAGUUUCGGCCUGAAAAUAUUUUUGGAGGUAUGAGCGGCUUGGGAAUGCUUUUUUCAGAAGAGAAGUAGAACUAGACAAGGCUGCUGCUGGCUACUAGUGUUAUUAACAAAAAAAAACAGUUUUCUACUGCAUUAUUGUACUCCAUCCGAUUCUUAAAACCCUUGCUAUUUCAUUUUUUUUGUUUCUCUUAAAACAUUUCCCCUUUUUAUUAAAAAACCACUUUUGCU